AUUAAAAUUUCCCUAACAACUGAAGGGCUGAACACAAAUUAUGGAAAUGUGAAACAAGGAAAAAAUUGCAAAGCAAUGAAAGAAGAUAUGUCUUUAUUUGAAUGCUAGCAAAUGAGAAUUCAGCUUUCCCUUCAACAUCAGUCAGAAAAAUUUCAGCCUAUAGCAAGAACAGAGACUGUAUGAAUAAUAAUUAAUUUGAGCUGUUUUGGGACUGACAAUAUUUUCCAUAAAGGCAGCACUGAACUCAUUCAUUAGUUUAAGCUGGUGCUUUCCUGUUGACAUUGUUCACAGAAUUUAAAAGUAUAAACGAUGUCAUUGAACAUUCAGGAAUCAAGUGCAUAUUUAAUCUAAAGUCUGAAUAUUAGAGGAGUCACAACCAGUGACAUUAGGCCUGAACUUUUUACUUGCUUUUUUGUUUAGACAUGAUGAGUUUUCUACACAUUGUUUUUUCCAUUCUAGUAGUGGUUGCAUUGCUUCUUGGAAAUUUUGCCAAUGGCUUUAUAGCACUGAUAAAUUUCAUUGCCUGGGUCAAGAGACAAAAGAUCUCCUCAGCUGAUCAAAUUAUUGCUGCUCUGGCAGUCUCCAGAGCUGGUUUGCUCUGGGUAAUAGUCUUACACUGGUAUUCAACUGUGUUGAAUCCAACUUCAUCUAGUUUAAAAGUAACAAUUUUUAUUUCUAAUGCCUGGGCAGUCACCAACCAUUUCAGCAACUGGCUUGCUACUAGCCUCAGCAUAUUUUAUUUGCUCAAGAUCGUCAAUUUCUCCAGACUUAUUUUUCAUCACUUAAAAAGGAAGGCUAAGAGUGUAGUUCUGGUGAUAGUGUUGGGGGCUUCGUUAUUUUUGGUUUGUGAUCUUGUGAUGGAAAACAUGUAUAUAAAUGUGUGGACAAAAGAAUAUGAAAGAAACAUAACUUGGAAGAUCAAAUUGAGGAAUGCAACGUACCUUUCUAACUUGAUUGCGGUCACGGUAGCAAACUUGAUACCAUUCACUCUGACCCUGAUAUCUUUUCUGCUGUUAAUCUGCUCUCUGUGUAAACAUCUGAAGAAGAUGAAGCGCUAUGGCAAAGGAUCUCAAGAUCCUAGCACCAAAAUCCACCUAAAAGCUCUGCAAACUGUGACCUCCUUCCUCAUAUUAUUUGCCGUUUACUUUCUAUGUGUAAUCAUAUCGCUUUGGAAUUACAAGAAGCAACAGAAAGAACUUGUCUUAAUCCUUUGCCAAGCUGUUGGAAUCAUAUAUCCAACAUUCCACUCAUUCAUUCUGAUUUGGGGGAACAAGAAGCUAAAGCAGAGCUUUCUUUCAAUUUUGUGGCAGGUGAAUUGCUGGGCCAAAGGACAGAACCUGUCAACUCCAUAGAUUCACCAGAGGCUCAUUGUGUGUUUUCUAGCAGAAAACAAAUUGAUGGUGUCCAGAACAUUUUAUAUUUCCUACAAGUUUUUGCAUAGUCUAUGUAUUUGAGUAAUUUACAAAAGUAGAAUUAGAAAAUUCUUUUACCUAAGUUUAUUAUAUAAAAGUAUAUAUAUAUAUGCGUGUGUAUGUCUGAAUGUAUAUGAAAACUUAACAUUUACCAUAACAUACCUUUAAUCAAUUUUUCAUAUAAACUGUUCAGUUAUACAAAAGUAGGAUAAGAAAUUUGUCAGAAUUAUGAACCCAUGUGUGUUUCACACAUAUAUUUUAUUGUAUGAUAUUUCAUUUGAGAAAUUUAUGAUCUCUAUUUAUAAUUAAGAACUGACACCUUAUAUCAGAAAAUUAUUGCUGUUGUUCAUUGUAAUUUGUAUUAUGUAUAUGUACCAUAGUGUAUUUAACUGUUUAACUAUCAUUGUUUGAGCCUGUAAUUUUUUGGAUGGUAAGGAAAUUUAAUUCGAAAUCAAUGAUGAGAAUGUGUCUUUCGGGUAGGUUUUUUUUUUUUUUUUUUUUAAUCAUGAAUUCUUUUUUUUUUUUUCUUUCUUUUUUUCUUUUUUGAGAUGGAGUCUUGCUCUGUUGUCCAGGCUGGAAUGCAGUGACACAAUCUUGGCUCACUGCAACGUUCACCUCCUGGGUUCAAGUGAUUCUCAUGCCUCAGCCUCCUGAGUGACUGGGACUCCAGGCAUGUGCCACCAUGCAUGGCUAAUUUUUUUUUUUUUUUAAUAGUAGAGAUGGGGUUUCAUCAUGUUGGAGAGGCUGGUCUCGAACUCUUGACCUCAAGUGAUCCACUGCCUCAGCCUCCCAAAGUGCUGGGAUCAUAGGCGUUCAUGAUGAAUUCUUAUUUUAUGUUUAGUAUAAAGCAAAUACAAUUAUUGUUAGAUAACAAUGCACAAAAUAAAAUUCAAGGGUG